CUUCAUCAGGAGAAACCAUUCUCUUCUAUUGUCUUCUUCUAAGUAAAAACCACCAAACAUAUGAAUCAGAACCCAGAAUUGAUGUCUCCUGCCAUUCUAAGUACGGAGAGGAGUGCCCGUAAGGAAGACAAAGAAGGGAAUAUGGAAAAUGAUCGUCAAGAGAAGGCCAUGGAGGUGGUGAAUGAAGAAGAAGAGGAUCGUCUUCGCCUAACAUGGCGUAUGUUCGCUAAAGAAGUGAAAGAAGUUAUCUGUGUGGCAGGGCCCAUGGUGGCUGUGAACUACUCAACCUUCUUUCUGCAAACUAUUGCUUUGAUGAUGGUGGGUCACUUGGGAAAACUUGCCCAAUCUAGUACUGGUGUUGCCAUUUCUCUUUGUGCUGUCACUGGCUUUAGUGUCAUAUUUGGGUUGGCUUCUGCAUUGGAAACACUAUGUGGGCAAGCCUACGGAGCUAAGCAAUAUAAGAAGUUUGGUGUUCAGAUUCAAACUGGCAUCUUCUGUCUUCUUUUAUGUUGUAUUCCUCUAUCUAUGCUAUGGCUUAACUUAGGGAGGGUAUUGGUUGUGCUCGGUCAAGACCCUUUAAUUGCACAUGAAGCUGGAAAAUUUGCAGUUUGCUUAAUUCCUGCUCUCUUUGGUUACGCAAUACUUCAAGCCUUGGUUCGAUUCUAUCUUAUGCAGAGCAUGAUCACUCCUCUUGUGAUCUCUUCUUCAUUAAACUAUCACCUUCCAUGUAGUUUUUGUUGGACGCUGGUUUUUAAAUCUGGAAUGGGUCGCUUUGGAGGAGCUUUUGCCAUUGGUAUUUCAUAUUGGUUGAAUGUGAUGUUACUUGCGUUAUAUAUGAAAUUCUCUGAUUCUUGUGCAAAGACUCGGGUUCCAAUUUCCAUGGAGCUUUUCCGUGGGAUUAGAGAUUUCUUUCGCCUCGCUAUUCCUUCAGCUGUAAUGGCUUGCCUUCAGUGGUGGUCGUAUGAGGUGACUACACUGCUCGCUGGUCUCCUACGACCAAACCCACAGCUUGAAACUUCAAUAUUAGCCGUAUGUGUGUCAAUGAACGUCACUAUUUAUUCAAUACCAGAAUCAGUUGGCUCAGCAGCAAGCACAAGAGUUUCAAAUGCAUUGGGAGCUGGAAAUGCACAGGCAGCACGUGUGGCUGCCUUAUGUUCAAGGAUUCUAUCAGCUUGUGAGGCACUUAUAGUGAGCUCAAUUGUUCUCUCAAGCCGGAAUGUUUUAGGACAUGUCUUCAGCAACGAGCCUGAAGUGAUAGGCUAUGUAUCAGACAUAGCUCCUUUGUUAGCUCUGUCUGUCUUUGCAGACUCCUUACAAGGUGCCCUUACAGGGAUUGCUAGGGGAAGUGGGUGGCAACGCAUAGGAGCAUAUGUAAAUUUUGGAGCUUAUUAUGUUGUUGGCAUUCCACUUUCUGCAAUAUUGGGUUUCUUGGUACGCUUGAGAGGGAAAGGCCUUUGGCUUGGAAUAACAAGUGGUACAAUUUGCCAAGUGAUUAUACUAUUGGUCAUAAUAAGUUGCACAGAUUGGGAAAAAGAGGCAAAAAAAGCUAGGGAGAGGACACUGAAGAGAUGUUUGCCAGAAGAUCAUGAAAACGUAUCGAUUUGAACAACCAAAGUGCAUAUGCUUUAUAGCUAUGCCAAUUAGCAUCUUCUUUGGGCAAAGAUAGGAAAUAAUAAAGCAUACCAUAACGCAGUUAAAUGUAUUAUACUUGUCCAUUUGCACUUGUUUCUCUAAACUGUAGUAUGAUUUAGUCGGUUUUGUCCUUUCAAUUUGUGAAUUAUGAAUGAUGCAACUUCUUAAAGAUUUUAUAUUUUGUAUUGACAAUAACAUACUGAUUUUGAUUGUUGAUGUAUUGAUUAUGUGUCAUGUAUAUACGUUAUUACACUAUAAGUUUUCAGUUCGCUUUCAUUCACUAA